CGACAAAUAUAAAUAACACUGGCCAACAAAAAAAAAUUUUUUUUUUGCUGCCGAGGAUAUUUUUACGAAUUUAUAGUAUAUCGGGUGUGCUGAUUUCAGAAAUGACAUUAGUUUUCCACGAUUGGCUCUAGUUCUUGAGAUACAGGGUGUUCCAGAUAUAUUCUUAUACAAAUAUCUUCGUUCAUGCAUAUUUUACAAACACAAUGAGUUCUUCACGAAGAGGAUGUUUGAAUAACCCCAAUGCAUUCUGCCACAUCUGUGGUGAAUAUUGCCAGGAGAGCCAAAGAAGAAAUAUUACUAACUUUGUGAAGCAAGCAUAUCUGGCAUACUUUGGAAUGAAACUCGGAGACCAAGAUAAGUCUUGGGCUCCCCAUAUUGUAUGUAAAACGUGUGUCGAAAAUCUACGUCAGUGGAAAAAUGGACAAAGAAAAGGUUUAAAAUUUGGUGUGCCUAUGGUAUGGCGGGAGCAAAAGAAUCACGACAGUGACUGUUAUUUUUGUUUGGUUAAUGUGAAAGGUAUCAAUCGUUUCAAGAAACGUAAAUUUGAGUAUCCGGAUUUGGAAUCAGCAAGGCGAUCUGUACCACACUCAGACUAUGUCCCCAUUCCAGUGUUCACUACACUCCCAGAUCUAACAGUGUCUGAUGAAGAAGAUAUGCAGAAUUUGGUGUGCGAACAUGCAGAUAGUGGUAGUGAAUAUGAAGACAGUACUUCUAAACAGCAACAGUUCUCCCAGGAAGAGAUCAAUGAUUUAGUAAGAGACUUGAGUCUAUCCAAGCAAGAUUCUGAGCUUUUAGCAUCUAGACUAAGUGAAAAGAACAGUUUGAAGGCCGAAUGUAAAAUAACUUUUUUUCGGACAAGAGAGGCAGCAUUUCUUCCAUAUUUCAUUCAAGAAGAGAAAAUAGUAUACUGUAGGAACAUCCCUGGACUCCUCCUCCAAAUGGGGUUACCUGAAUACCGACCAGAAGAUUGGCGAUUGUUUAUAGAUAGAUCGAUUAGAAGUUUGAAGUGUGUUUUAUUGCACAAUAGCAAUAGUUAUGCAUCCAUCCCAAUACUUCACUCAACAAAACUGAAAGAGGAAUAUGAAAAUAUAAGAAUGAUGUUGCAGAAGCUUAGAUACAAUGAGCACCAGUGGUCUAUAUGUGUUGAUUUAAAGAUGGUAAACUUCUUACUAGGGCAGCAAAGUGGAUAUACUAAGUACCCUUGCUUCAUAUGUUUGUGGGAUAGUAGGGCUAAAGAAGACCACUGGAAAAAGGUGGUAUGGCCUGCUAGGGAAAAUAUGACUGUAGGUGCAUCAAAUAUCAUUAACGAACCACUGGUAGACAGGGGAAAAAUUAUUUUCCCACCACUCCACAUCAAACUAGGACUGAUGAAGCAAUUUGUAAGAGCCCUAGACAAAGAUGGUCAAUGUUUCAAUUAUAUUUGCAGAUUUUUUCCAGGCUUGAGUAAGGAGAAAAUCAAAGCUGGAAUCUUUAGCGGCCCUCAAAUUCGUCAAAUCAUCAAGGAUGAGCAGUUCCUAUAUACAAUGACAGAUAUUGAAGCAUCUGCCUGGAAAAGUUUUGUCUUGGUUGUUCAUAACUUUUUGGGCAACCAUAAAUCUCCCAACUAUGAAAAAAUCGUACAGAAAAUGCUUUCAGACUUCAAAACAUUGAAAGCUAAUAUGAGCAUAAAAGUUCACUUUCUACAUAGUCACUUAGAUCGGUUUCCCGAUAAUCUAGGAAAUUAUAGUGAGGAACAAGGGGAGAGGUUCCAUCAAGAUAUCAAGGUAAUGGAAGAAAGAUACCAAGGAAGAUUGGAUACACACAUGAUGGCUGACUAUUGUUGGAGCCUUCAACGUGAUUGUCCACAUUCUCCACACAAAAGACAAUCAUACAGACACCGAUUUUUAAUGCAUUAAUUGUGAUUUCAUUGUACUGAUUUGAAUGUUUUGAUCUAUUAGCAUUGUAUGUACUUCCCCAUAAACAAUUUGAUAUAUAUAUCUAGUGUUUUUUUUGUGAAUUACGCUACAACCUAACAUAAAUUGUUGCUGUUAAUGUACUUUCGUGACCACCCUGUAUCUCAAAAACUAGAGCCAAUCUAGGAAAACGGAGGUCAUAUUCGGAAUCAGGGCAACAAGUUACCUAUAAAAUGACCCCCAAAUGUUUUGCCGCAAAAUCUUUGUUGGCCAGUGUAAUAUAAAAACAAAUGGUUGAAGAUAUUAUUCAAAAAGAAGUAUAUUUUUUUCUAAUUGUUCUAUAAGGAACUAAAAACAACUUUAUCAGGAUAUACAAAAGCAACUGAACAUAAUCUGAGGGCAUGGUAAACCUGAAAUGUUUGAGUUUUGAGGCAACAUCAACACUUUUGUAGUCCAUAAAAGUUUUAAGCUUUAUUCUUGAAGAAAAAAAUGUAAAAAGG